GCAUUCGAUAAGCGCAACUCAGUGUGUCUUCAAACGCGAACCACGUUUUACUUUUUCUUCGAGCUCUUAUGAAAAAAGAUUGAAAAUUGCAAAGCGAACUUAGCUCAGCCCUAAUACUAAAUAGAAAUCCGUAGUAGAUAUUAUACGGCAAUAUUUAUUUUUCACACUGGCAUAACUUGUUGGCCUCUGAAGGAGGAAUAUAUUGUAGCAUCUUUACCGUUUAGAAAGUGGAAUUGUAUACCCACAAAAGGCUUUAAGAGCUGUUUUUAAAUGGAAUUACGUAAUCUGUGGACAAAUUGUAUGCAUUAGUCACGCACACACCCACACAAUCGUUGAUAGGCGCACGCAUGAUCCAAUCUGCACGCGUGUGAGAGAGACGGAAGUAGAGCAUUUGCUGUGGUACAGUGUUGCCACCCGUUUCUUAUUUUUAAUACUAUAGAGAGAAAAAUGCCGCGAAUAGUGCCAUUGCAGUUACUGAAGUGCCUGCGGGUGCUCCUAGACAACAAUGGUGGCAUUUUAAGCGCCCAGGAGGUGAAGCGCAUAGCAGGACUCAUGCAGAAAUAUUCAAAGAAGUUAGUUUCGAAAUGCGUUUACGUUCAAAUUUUGAAAUCGACUAAGACGGAGCUUCUAGGAGACUUCAUGGCCUCGGGCGGAUGGACUUUGGUCUACAGCUGGCUGAAUGACUCCAUUCGAGCUAUGAACUGGCCCCUGGUGCAGGAAAUCCUCGAAUUGCUGCUGCUUUCCCCAGUAGAUGUGAAUAGAUUGAAAAUAAAUUCGGCACCCAUUCUGGUCAAGGGUCUCUGCAAAGAUGGCGGAAACGAAGGUGUUCGCAUUCUAGCCAAGCGGCUGGUCGAACAAUGGCUGAAGAUUGUGACUGAGAACUCGAGUGGUGCGCCAGCAGCGGCGGCGCCUGCCAUUCAGCCCCAGAUCGGGGUUACAGCAGCCACGGUGACGGAUCCGGCCACUGGUACGGCGGACUCUGCCUCGUCGUCGGACAGCACGGAUAGUGCGGGAACGCCUGUGACCAUGAACUACACCAUUGCCUCGGCCCAAAAUAGCAACAAUCACAACAGCAUAACCAUAAAAUGGAAGUCAGUCGAGCAUUUGGACACAGAUGAUAUGAAUAAUGUUGACGAUGAUGGUUCCACGCAGCCAUCUGAGGCUGGUGUUAAGAGCAGCAAAAGUCCUGAGACAAGUGCCAGUCUCCAGAGUUCGAAAAAAUCAAGUUUAGAUGAUAGUUGUUCAGCAGAGGUUAAAUCCGGGGAUGAGGUUGAUAAUAAGAAGCAUAAGAGCGCCCGAGACAAGAGUAAACGGUCUGAGAAAGAUCGUGAGAAGGAUAGAAAAUCUUCGUCCAGUCACAGGUCGUCCUCAUCUAGCCAUAAGUCGUCGUCGUCCUCCUCAUCAUCAUCGAAGAGCUCCUCAAAAAGCUCGUCGUCCUAUUCGUCUCAUCGCAGUUCGAGUUCUAGCGACAAACACCGUGACAAGGAUAAGUCUCGCUCAAGCUCUGGUUCUAGCUCCAGUAAAGAUAAGGAGCGUAGUGGUUCAUCCUCGUCGUCCUCAUCGAAUAAGCACAAGUCGUCGUCAAAGUCCUCUUCAUCGUCGUCGUCGUCGAGUUCCUCCUCCUCGAGCUCGAGCUCGUCCAAAGAUCGUAGUCGCGACAAGGAGAAGGAUAAGGCCUCGUCGACGGCAACGAAGCAAGAGAAAGACAAUAAGCUGAUGCCCCCACCAGCGUCAACUCUAUCCCCGGCCCAUUCACCGGCCUCGAAUGCUGUAGACAAGAAGGAAAAAGCCGAGAGCGAGCCUCAAAAGCCAAGAUCGAUACCCAUCAUGUCCCGAAAGGCCUCGAUAUCCAUAGAAAUCAGGCGCGACACUGAUAAGGCGGCCACCGUGAAGACGUAUCAGUCCAAAUUCCGAUCGCACGGACUUACAGAAGAGGCGCCGCCUCCUCCCUCACGCAAGGGACUGAAGAAACCCACAUCAGCCGUUCCGACGCCAUCAGCCCUGCUGUCCCCCACCGUGAAGAGACCCUCGCCACCGCCCCGGGACUCGCCGACCGAGAAGAAGCCAAAGAUCGACAUGAGCAAUGUAACCGGCCACGUGGAGCGACCAGGAGCAGCCAAGCUAAUUGCUCCCAAAAAGAUUUCAACGCUGGUGGAGACGAAUCUCUUCUCGGAUGCCCUGGCAGCGUCCAUCGAACCCAAAAAGGUGGUGAAGCGCAAGCGGACACAGUCGGCCAACUCGCCCACGGACAAGGAUGCGCCAUUGGCUCCGCUGAAGUUCUAUCAGGACACGCUGGACGAGUCGAAGGGAGACGAAAAGUCAGACGACAGCACCAAGGAGAACGAUGAGGGUCGCUCGAGUUCGCCCAAUGAGUCAGCCGAUGCGGAUGACGAUGACAUACCAUUGAAGCGGGUUAAGGAGGACAUUGAGCAGAAGGUGCAGAAGGAGAAGGCGGCUGGCGAGAGCGCCGACGCUGGCACCAGCUCUGAUGGCGCCGAAGAUGUGCCCGAGGAGCCGAGGAAGCCGGGACCAGGAUGCGGACCUGAUGGCCCACCCGGGGUGCUGAUGCUGCACCGCCGCAAGGGCCCCAAGAAGAAGCUCACUUGGCAGCCGGAGGACAAGCUCACCCAGAUCCGCUUCUUCGAGGUGGAUCUAUCCGAGCGGGUGAACGUGACCAAGCAGACGUUCACCGAGAUGAAGAACAUGGAGCGGUACAGCGAGCGCGACGCCAUGAACAUUUCCCGGCGAGGCUUCGAUGACUCGAUGCAGCCGCAGAUGGAGUGGCGCCCCCUCAUUGAGGUGGACAACGUGCCCGACCACCCCAAUGGCAACCUCUCCAAGCAGCGCCAGGUGCAGGCCGAGCGCGAGGCGACAACGCUGCGUGCGCUCUACUUCUCGACGGACAUGAUUCCGGACAGCGCUGCCGAGGCGGAGCUGGAGCCCCACUUUGCCCACGACAUUCCCGUCAUCCCCAUGGAUGACCUCACCGGCAACCCCGAUGCUGUCAACGACUACAGCGACCUCACCUGGCCCGAGCCCAAAGGCUAUGGUUCCAGUGGCAUCGGCGGCAUCGGCGGCGUUGGUGCCAACCCCGGCGGCCCUGACAUUUCCUACAAUGACAGUAGCAUAAACAACAUGAUGGGCCCGGGUCAUGGCGGCCCACCCAACAUGAUGACCAACAAUCCCUUCCAGCCGUUCGCCAACAACUUUAUGCCAAACGGAGGAAAUAUGCCCCCCACCCAACAGAUGGCGAUGCAAGGACCCGGCCCUGGCCCUGGCCCAGUGCCCGGACCAAUUGUCCCCCCAAUCUGGCAGAACCAGAUGGGGCCCACCGGUCCUGUGGUCGGCAUGGAUAUGAACAUGGGAGGCAUGCCGCCCCAGAACUAUAUGGGAAAUCAGUUUGGCAGUCCAGGAGGGCCGCCCUAUGCAACAGGGCCUCCCCCACCGUUUAACCAGGGAUUCAAUCCGAUGAUGAUGAACGGACCUGGACCUGGACUUGGACCUGGCCCCGGCCCAGGCAUGGGACCCAUGAUGCACAACAGUCCCAACGGCCCAAUCGGACCCAUGAUGAACAACAGUCCGAAUGGACCCAUGGGUAAUGGCCCUGGACUGGGCCCGAUGAGCAACGGUGGCGGUGGACCACGGAAUAACAACAAUAAUCGAAAUAAGAACAAUGGAGGCGGCGGCGGCAACUGGCGUAGCGGUGGGAACAACUUCCAGGAAAAUUCCGGUGGCAAUUGGCGCACAGCGGGAUCUGGCUCCAAUCGAGGCGGCAACACGGGCGUCUGCAAGCAGUUCAUGCGGGGGCACUGCAAAAUGGGCAAGUCCUGCAAGUACGUGCAUCCGCAAAAUAAGCGCAUGUAGGACUUGCCCGAAUCUUCCCAGGAAGAUUCAGUUGUGUAGAUCUCAAGCACACACACACACACACAGUUACACAUAAUCUGCGAUAUUUUCAAUAUAGGAGGCUGCUGCUGCUGCCGCUGCCAAUGUGCUGUCCCCAUUGAAGCCACUGAAGACUGUAGCCAGGUCAGGCCUCCUGCCUGCACACCCCGCUCACACCGUUCACCCCGCUCCCUUCCAAUCACCCCAUAUACUUUGUUUAUUAUAGCUGCUCCUCUGUAUAUAUAUAUAUAUGUAUCUGGUAUAUGUCCGUAGAUGUAGGUCGUAUCCUUAAGUUGUUUAGUCUUAACGUUGUACUAUAUAGGCCAGGAGAGAGACAGGUUUAAGUAGUGGACAAGAUAUGAUAUUGAUACUUUGUACUUAUCGAGAGAUCGAUCGAUCGCUUUCAAUUUUGUACGCCCCGCCCCAAGUAUCGAGACCCUAACUAUCGUAGCUUUAAGAGCCCAUUUUUACAAUAUUAAAGACCAAGUCAUAUGAUGAAUUCAAA